AUGUCAUAUCCAAUUGAUAAUUUAAUGGAUAUAUCAUUUCCUGAAGAAUUAUUCCCACAAUCCACUUUUAGUCGCUCCUUAUUAGACAUUGUUUCUUAUGAUUUGUCAGAAAAUGAAUUGAAAAAAACUAAUGAACUGGAAGAAAAUCAUCAAGUCAAUACUUCAAUAAACCCAUCAUUAUCUUCAUCAUUGUCUACGUCUUCUACUUCUUCUUCAUCAUCUUCAUCAUCAUCAUUAUCAUUCCAAAAUGAAUUGAUACAUUUAUUGCACGAAUAUUCUGAGAAUACCAUCACCAUUUCUCCCUCUAGUGCCACUGUUUCUCCAAAAACUUAUAUGAAUGGAUAUAUAAAAUUUGUCAUGGACUCGGCGAAUACUUCAUUAGAACCAAUUGAUACAAAUGAGACUAGUACUGAACUUACUCAUGAAGAAGUUAUUGAGCUAUUUGAAGAAGCAUGUAAAGAAAUUGAUGAAUGGAAACCAAACAAUCAAAAAGACAAUUUUAAUGGCUGCAACAACAACAACAACAACAACAAUAGCAAUAGCGAUAUUCUGGUGAAUGAUUUUGGUAAUUCUAAUUGUGUCAACAACAACAAUAUUGAUGCAAAUAUUGACAACAGUGACAAUGGUGAGAAUGCUAUUCUGAUACUUCCUCAAUCUUCCUCAACAUUUGAUCCAUGGAACACAAUUGAUUUCACAUCAAAAUUCUCAAUGUCACACGUGACUGAAAACCGAUCAACUUCUGUUGAUUCAACCAAAUCAGAUGUACAACUGCAAUUGUCUUUAAAUUAUCCUUUGAAAAACCUUUCCAAUUCAAAUUCAAAUUCCAAUUCAAAUUCAGAAUCUAACUUGAACUCUAAUUUAAAUUCCCCAAUUGAUAUUGUCAGUGGUUCCGGUAGCGUUAGUGUCAGUGUCAAUAGCAGUAAAACAUCUUCACCUCGGAAACGGAAACUUGAUAACAAAAACUUUUAUAAAGUAUCAAAAUUAGAUUUUUCCAAUUUGAAUAUUAUUUCUAUUCCAGAUUAUGAAUAUUCCUCACAAUUAUCAAAUCAUUCAUUCAGAGUCCCUAAUGCUUAUCAAUGUUUAAUAUUGGAAGAAAAAUUAAUUGAAUCAAUCAAUAAUUCUACUACUUGCCGUGUUCAAAGAACUUUAUAUACUAGAGAUGGAUUAGAUAAAUUAGCACGAAUUUAUUUCCAUGGAGAUUAUGAGAUUUCUAUUAAUCCUAAUUUUAAAAAAACAUCUUAUGAAGCACAAUAUAUUUUAACAAAAUUGGAUAAAUCAAGAAAACCUGAUAAUACUACUCGAGCAGGAUUAUGUCCAUAUUGUGAAACCAUUGAAUUUUUUGGACUUAAAAAUUCCUCAUAUGGUAAUCAUUUAGCUUAUAAACAUGGGAUUUUAACUAAUGGAUGUUCUGUACCUGAUCCUAAAUAUUAUGGUAAAUAUAAAUUUAAAAAGGGAGAAUAUGAUGAACCAGAAAAGAAAAAACGAAGAACCAAUGCUCAUAUAUUAGAAAGAGAAGGGGUAUUAUGUACAAAUUGUUGGCAAAUUCUUGAAGUAAAUUGUACUUCAAGAAGUUCAGUCUUGGGUCAUUACCUUCGUCAUUAUCGAGAUUCUCAUGUCGGUAAUAAAAAAGAAAUUAAAAUUGAUGAUGAAGAUCCUUUAGCUGGGUUUGAUCCAAUUGUAUUUGAAUUCACCAAUAAAUGGAAAUUAUAA